AUGUCAGAUACAACAGCUCCGCAAGCUGAUUUAAAUACAGCGCUAAACCUUCUAGUUCUUACUAUGCUCAAUGAGCAAGUGAAGAAAGUAUGUUUUAACAAGUGUUUCCCAUCAAAAUUCGACGAUAAAUUAAAUAAAAACGAGCAGAUUUGCAUCGCAAAGUGCAUGGAUAGAAUGUACGAGGCUCACACAAUACUAUCGCAGGCUGUUUCAGAAGCAUCUAAGAAUAUCACAAAUUCUCAGCAGUAA